AUGUUCAACGUCCGGAUAAGUAAGAGUGGGCGUGAGUACAGUCCCGGUGUACUUCUUGGUAACUGGUAUGAAGACGUGUGCCUAGAAGAGUUGAAAGAUUUUUUAUAUAAAAAAGAGAAAGGAGAACUACUAAUCCAGAAAUCACGAAGACUUAAAGAUACUCUUUACAAGAAGGAGCAGCUUUCCAUUUCAAAAGAUGGAUUUAUUCAUUUUGGAGACACGGUUCUACUUGUGAACCCCGACAUCAGCAAACUCCCAGAGGAAAAAGCUCUUAUUAUGGAUGGGAAUCUGUCCCUGGCUGUUAAUCCUGAAACAUCGACUCUAUAUACUGCCAAUAAAUUGUCAGCCCCAUGUGACUUGACUGCAGUCGAAAAUGUGACCCCCAUUGGACGGAAUGCAUUUCGGAUUUUAAGCAUUGAAGGAGAAGCCAUGGGGGAACCUCUCCGAUUCGGGCAGAAUUUUGGACUUGGAACAACUGGAGGAUUUCAGGAGAAAAUGCUGUUUCUGGCAAGCGACCAUAAAUCAUUUCACACUAUGGCUAAGAAAUCUUCUCUCCAGUCUGUGUCCCUGACAGAUGAAUUUUCAUACCUGUGUUCUUGGCAAGCUGCCUUCCUGGAUCCACAGUUACGCAUGGAAUAUGAAGGCUUCCCAGUUCCUGCAAAUACAAAGGUGGUGGUUGUUCAUAGCCAUACCAAUCAAGCACUCGCAGUUCCUAGGACGUUCUGGAUAAGGACAUACUUUGGAAAAGAAUGCGAAGUCAACUGCCACACCUAUCUGGAUUCCCAUAAAGCUGAAGAAAGCAAGAACCACUGGAUAAUAGUCACUGGGAAUGCGAGUGAUGAAUCAACCACAAUGUUUGAUAGACCAAAGCCUCCAACGGAGGAGAUUAGAGCACAAAAUAGAGAACUUCAUGCAGGGUCCUAACUCUCAGAAUGAAAAAUUAAACGUCUGCUUAGUUAGUGCGCUCAUAAAAGAGAAACAGGUGAAAAAAACAUGAUGAUGAUGAUGAAGAAGAAGAAGCAGAGGGAGCGGCAGAGGAGAAUGAAGAUGGAACUAAAGGUAUAUUGAAGCAUGUUUUAAAUAGCAAUGUGAACUGAGUAACUUUCAAAAUAA